AUGUCAUAAUUAGGCCCAUUUUAAUAUACGCCAUUUACGAUAAACCAUCCAGGACAACCAGAUGAUGAUUACUCGGUUAAAGACCCAACUGUAAAGACAUUAGAUCGAUCUAAAUAGUGUUUAUCCCCCUAUAAUGUCAAUCAUGAGGUUUCCUUCUUAUUUACAUUUCUCAGAUCUCCAAUGAAAGGAUUUCCUUUAUCUAAGAUUCCAAUAGCAUUCAAUUAUUGCCAUUCAACCUAAAAACUCUAGAGACCGCUAAAGCAUUUUAAAACAAUAGGAAACUCAAAACAAAAUAUGCAGAACUUUUCCAAAGCAAUUUUAAAUUGA